GUGAGGUUGGAGUGCGCGGAGCUGGAUUGUGCGCUCGUGCCCUCUACUCUUCGGAUACCGUGAUCCUUUCUGCAGCAUGGGUGGACAUGAAAAGCACUGCCGUCUGUGUAGUAACCUUUACUUUUCCUAAGUAGUGGAAUUUGCGUUUUGUUUUGCUAUUUUGGAUGGCAUCCUGAGCGAGGAGGAGCCCCUGUGUGCAUGUGUGCGCGCGCGCGUGCGUGCAUGCCUGUGUGUGUGUGUGUGUGUGUGUGUGCGCGUGUGUGUGUGCGCGUGCAGCAGCAGCAAGAGCUUCAUCCUCUCAGCGCUUGGUUUUAGCUCUUUGGCUAUAGCUAAAGGAAUGAGAAAGCGCAGGUGUGCAGAAGGGUGAGCUUAAAUCUGCACUGUGGUUUUGGUCAAAAUAGAGAGAGAGAGAGAGAGAGAGACAAGAGACACAGAGAGACAAGAGACACACAGAGAGAGAGAGAGAGAGAGAGAGAGACACAGAGAGAGAGACACAGAGAGACAAGAGACAGAGAGAGAGACAAGAGACGCAGAGAGACGAGAGACACAGAGAGAGAGACACACAGAGAGAGAGACACACAGAGAGAGAGAGACAAGAGACACAGAGAGACAAGAGACACAGAGAGAGAGAGACACAGAGAGACAAGACAGAGAGAGAGACUCACAGAGAGAGAGAGAAAGGCUCAGUGUAACAGAAGACAGUAAAGUCUUAAAAUCAAAAGUAUAAGUGGAAACACUGCAAGCUGUGACCAGGGGCAGAAAGCGUCUGGUGCAACAUCUCCACAUCUCACUGGAUCCUACGUGAAAAACCUCAGGAAAAAUGUCAUCCCAAGCAAAAUACAAGAAGGACAAGGAGAUCAUUGGGGAAUAUGAAACGCAAGUUAAAGAGAUCCGUAAUCAGCUGGUGGAGCAGUUUAAGUGUCUGGAGCAGCAGUCAGAAUCUCGGAUCCAGCUGCUGCAGGACCUGCAGGAAUUUUUCCGCCGUAAAGCCGAGAUUCAGCUGGAGUAUUCGCGUAGUCUGGAGAAACUAGCCGAGAGGUUCUCGUCCAAGAUUCGCUCCUCCAGAGAACACCAGCAGUUCAAGAAAGACCAGCACCUCCUGUCUUCAGUGAACUGCUGGUACCUGGUUUUGAAUCAGACUCGGAGAGAAAGCCGUGACCACGCCACUCUCAACGACAUCUACACGAACAACGUCAUCGUCCGCCUGGCUCAGAUCAGCGAGGACGUCAUUCGCCUCUUUAAAAAGAGCAAAGAAAUUGGCAUUCAGAUGCAUGAGGAGUUGGUGAAAGUGACAAAUGAGCUCUACACGGUGAUGAAGACAUACCACAUGUACCACACGGAGAGCAUCAGUGCUGAGAGCAAGCUAAAGGACGCCGAAAAGCAGGAAGAGAAACAGUACAGCAAAUCCGGCGACCUGAACGUCAAUCUCCUGCGGCACGAGGAUCGCGCCCAGCGCCGCAGCUCUGUCAGGAAGAUUGAGAAGAUGAAGGAGAAGAGACAAGCCAAGUAUUCAGAAAACAAGCUGAAAUGCACAAAAGCUCGCAACGACUAUUUAUUGAAUUUGGCAGCCACCAACGCCGUAGUGGCAAAAUACUACAUUCACGACGUCUCCGACAUGAUUGAUUGCUGUGACCUCGGAUAUCAUGCUAGCCUGGCACGCAUGUUUAGGACCUAUCUCUCUGCCGAGUACAACCUGGAGACUUCACGCCAUGAAGGUCUGGACCUGAUCGAGAGCGCCGUAGACAACCUGGACUCUCGCAGUGACAAGCACAAGAUCAUGGACAUGUACAACCAGGUGUUCUGUCCUCCCAUGCGCUUUGAGUAUCUGCCUCACAUGGGAGAUGAGGUAUGCCAGGUGAGCGCUCAGCAGCCAGUCCAGACAGAGCUCCUGAUGCGCUACCAUCAGCUGCAGUCUCGACUGGCGACACUCAAGAUCGAGAACGAGGAGGUGCGCAAGACCCUGGAUGCGACAAUGCAGACACUUCAGGACAUGCUGACCGUGGAGGACUUUGACGUGUCUGAUGCCUUCCAGCACAGCAGAUCCACAGAGUCUGUUAAAUCAGUGGCAUCUGAAGGCUACAUGAGCAAGCUGAACAUCGCCAAGCGGCGCUCCAACCAGCAGGAGACCGAGCUCUUCUACUUCACAAAAUUUAAAGAGUACCUGAACGGAAGCAACCUCAUCAUUAAACUGCAGGCCAAGCAUGACCUCCUGAAGCAGACGCUGGGGGAAGGAGAAAGGGCUGAGUGUGGAACGACAAGACCCCCUACCCUACCCCCGAAACCACAGAAACUACGGAAACCUCGGCCACGCUCCGUCUAUAAUCAUAAGCUGUUUAACGGAAAUAUGGAGACCUUCAUUAAGGAUUCAGGUCAGCCCAUUCCUCUUGUAGUGGAAAGCUGCAUUCGAUACAUCAAUCUCUAUGGUCUGCAGCAGCAAGGCAUAUUUCGAGUUCCUGGAUCUCAGGUGGAAGUCAACGAUAUUAAAAAUUCAUUUGAGAGAGGUGAAGACCCACUUAUUGAUGAUCAGAAUGAUCAUGAUAUAAACUCAGUGGCAGGGGUUCUGAAGUUGUACUUCAGAGGAUUGGAGAACCCACUCUUCCCGAAGGAACGCUUCCUGGACUUCAUCUCCACCAUUAAGCUCGAGUCAUCUGCUGAAAGAGUCCAUCACCUUCAGCAGCUCAUAGUCACUCUUCCACGCACCAUUAUCAUCGUCAUGAGAUACCUGUUUGCGUUCCUCAAUCAUCUGUCGCAGUACAGUGAUGAGAAUAUGAUGGAUCCCUACAACUUGGCCAUCUGCUUCGGACCCACUCUGAUGCCCAUCCCGGACGGCCAGGACCCUGUGGCCUGUCAGGCCCACGUAAACGAAGUCAUCAAGACCAUCAUCAUGCACAGUGAGGUCAUCUUCCCAAGCCACAGGGAACUUGAGGGCCCUGUAUAUGAGAAGUGCAUGACUGGAGGAGAGGAGUACUGCGAUAGCCCGCACAGUGAACCAGGCACCAUUGAUGAGACGGACAACGGAACCGAGCCACACACCAGUGAAGACGAGGUAGAGCAGAUAGAAGCAAUCGCUAAAUUCGACUACGUAGGACGCACACCUCGAGAGCUCUCCUUUAAGAAGGGCGCAUCACUGCUGCUCUACCACAGAGCGUCAGAGGACUGGUGGGAAGGCAGACAUAACGGUGUGGACGGUCUCAUCCCUCAUCAGUACAUCGUAGUACAGGACCUGGACGACGCCUUUUCUGAUAAUCUAAGCCAGAAGGCAGACAGUGAGGCAAGCAGCGGGCCUCUACUAGAUGACAAGUCCUCAUCCAAAAAUGACCUCCAUUCACCGUGUGAGACAGCACCGGAGUAUAACUUCAGUGCAGUGAUGGGCAGGGUACGUUUGCGUUCGGAUGGUGCGGCUAUCCCACGGCGCCGCAGUGCUACCGAGAGCCACAGUCCCCCACGUGGUUCUGACACACCGCCUCGUGCAGCCGCAUGUCCCAGCAGCCCUCACAAAGCCAUGCUGAGCAGCAGGAACCGUGUGGAAAGUCCUGAUAAGAGACGCCUGGGCACGUUCGGCAGUGCUGGCACUAUAAACUACCCUGAGAGAAAGGUGUAUGGAGAGGGCCAUCCACUGAGACCGAGCACUGGCACACGCCACAGCAGCUUGGGAGACCAUAAGAGCCUGGAGGCUGAGGCCUUAGCUGAGGACAUAGAAAAGACGAUGAGCACGGCUCUGCAUGAGCUGCGUGAGCUGGAACGCCAGAACACAGCCAAACAGGCCCCGGAUGUGGUGCUGGACACAUUGGAGCCACUGAAAAACCCUAUAAGCUCAGAGCCAGCCAGCCCCUCGCACACCAUCGCCAUCCGUGACCCCGAGGCGGCUCUGAGACGCGGUAGCAGCUCCUCCUCUAGUGCUGCUGAGACCAUGAUGAUGAGCACGUUCAAGCCAGCGCUGUGUGCCAGGCUGCCAGGUGCCCAGCUGCGACCUCCGGCUAUAAGGCCCACACGCCCCGUUCCCUCUCAGCAGCAGCGCUCCAGCAGCUCAGGCUCAUCCGGAGUGGGCAGCCCUGCCAUCACCCCCACUGACAAGAGCUUUCCCAGCAGCCCCUCCUCUAACACAGCCGACAAACACGGUGGCAGCAUGUAGCUCCACCAAUAGUCAGGGUCAGGGUUGGCUCUCUGAUGUGUAAUUCAGCCAGCCUUAUGAAGACCAAAUUGAAGGGGAAAUGUUUCACGUUGUUUUUUUAUUUUCGUUUUUUUUUUAUUUCCAGAAUGAGCCUCAGAAUACUACAGAAGUGAGCUGUGGUUACUAAGGCAACAAGGCAUAUGAAGUCACAAAGUUUACUUUUCUAGCACUUAGAUGUGUAAAAAUAUAUUGGAAAGUAAUAGCAGCUGUGUACCACAUACAGUAGGGUCUAAAAGAAUCCACUGCUAAACACUGAUUUUUAUUUGUGUUAGUUCGAGCAUAAGUGAAUAUUUUUUUAACAUUUGCCUGCUUAUAUUUCUCCAACAGGACCAUUAUGAAGUUCAGCUGGAUAAAAAAAUAUUGUGUUAAUUGUAUGUGUUAACUUUUAAUUGAAAAAUACGGCAUCACAAUGCCUAAAAAAAUGAAACAAAUGACAUGCACACUGAAUAUUUCAGAUUUGUAUGACGAACCUCCAAAUUGUUAAAUAAUACAUAUUAAGUGGAUUUUUUUUUGGAGAGUGGAGUAAGUUUUGGACCCUACGGUAUAAAUUAGUAUACAGUAGAUGUGUGUCUGUUUGAAUACACACAUACACACAUAUAUGACUAUCUAUAUAUGUGUAUUUAAAUAUACACAUAUAUUUAUAUAUAUAUAUAUAUA